UGCUCGCGGUAAGUCACGGUUGUCAACAUUAACUUGCGCACUACAUUGAGUUCGUGGAAGUCGAUAGAAGGAAAACCAAUCCUGUCUACAUUUUCUACAUUUUGAGAAAUUGGCAAAGCAAGAAGUGGAAUCAUGUCAGGACUAUUAAGUAAAAGUAUUGCAAGAAGUCUAUUGUCGGGGAAACCGGGGAUGGUUUAUACUGCUCUGAUGCCCCAGUCAUCUCUCCAUGGCAUUGCAGGGGAUGAGAACUCACCCCCCAGGGUCCUCAUCACAGGAGGUCUGGGGCAACUAGGAACUGGCCUGGCAAAGAUACUAAGAGAGAGGUAUGGACGUGACAAUGUCAUUCUAACGGACAUCAACAAGGCUCCCAAAAAUAUUCUCAAAAGCGGACCAUUCCUCUUUGCCGAUGUCCUGAACCUCAAGAGUCUUCGGGAGAUUGUUGUGAACUACGAGGUGGAUUGGCUGGUUCACUUCGGGGCCCUGCUGAGCGCCAUCGGGGAGCAGAAUGUGCCCCUGGCUAUGCAAGUCAACAUUGAGGGCCUCCACAAUGUCCUCGAGGUCUCCAAACAAUACAGGCUCAAACUGUUCAUUCCAAGCACAAUUGGUGCAUUUGGCCCCGACUCCCCACGGAACCCGACCCCUGAUCUCACCAUCCAACGUCCACGGACUAUCUACGGAGUAUCCAAGGUGCAUGCGGAGCUGAUGGGAGAGUAUUACAACCAGAGGUUUGGCCUGGACUUCCGCAGUCUCCGAUUCCCUGGAGUUAUCUCGGCUGACACCAAGCCAGGCGGUGGCACCACGGAUUAUGCAGUGGAGAUAUUCCACGAUGCCCUGAAGACCGGGCACCACCGCUGUUUCCUGGGACCAGACACCCGACUCCCAAUGAUGUACAUCGAUGACACCCUCCGGUCAACGGUCAACUUCAUGGAGGUGACCAGUGAGAAGCUGUCCAUGCGGACUUACAACGACGCCAUGAGCUUCACGCCAAGGGAGAUUGCAGAAGAAGUGAGAAAAUACGUCCCUGAGUUGGAAGUCACCUACUCCCCAGAUGAGAGGCAGGCUAUUGCUGAUUCCUGGCCCCAAGUUUUGGAUGACACCAACGCUCGCCAGGACUGGGGAUGGAGCCAUCAAUAUGACCUGGAGUCAAUGUGCCGUGUGAUGUUCGAGAAGCUCAUCCCACAAUACAACCAAGUGGAUGAUGCUAAAUACGCAGAAACAGAGACAGAGACAGUGAAAAGAGAGGCCCUUUAAGUUGUUUGUUGGAGUUGUCUCCCCUGCAGAGUGGAGUUAUCUCCCUUUGUCAUGUGGGGCUGCCGAGUUUCAGUGCUUGUUCUUUGGAGGAAGUACGUGUGACCAACUGGUGGAAGAUUGUGUGUUUCUUGUGGAAUCUUGUGUGUGUUUCUGUGGAAUCUCACAAAUACAAGUUCUGAAGCACACAGCAUUGCAAGACAUUUUCAGGAAAAACCUGAGUGUGCUGGAAGCAGCUGAUGGGUAUUCCAAGUAGAUAGAUAAAUGAAUGUGCAAUUAUAUAUGUACAUUCACAUUCAAUUUUGACAUAAUAGUUUUACUGUUGUGAUGGGACUUUAAUUGUAUUGUAAUAUAUGAAUAGUUGAAGCUGAAUAUUUUAUUUUUUGCAAAUAAUUAUUUUAACAAAGGAAUCUCUAAUGCUGAAUCUAUGUUACAAAAGGGUACUUUUUAAAUAUGUUUUAUGAUAGUCCAUAUUUUACUCAUAGAUUUAUUGGUUUUUAUGCCUGUUUGUUUCACACUAAAGUUGUAACCUGUCUCUCUGUUAUUUGUUCAGAUUACUUUAAGCUUAAGUGUGUGGGUUUUUUGUUUUAUUGUAUGAGUUUUCUGAUUAUUUAUGUGUUUAUGUCAGGUAAUUUCUUUCCAGCCAUUGAAGUGACAUGACUGUUAUUACACUUGUGUGCUUUAGCAAAAGGGAUGUAUUUAUAUACACAGAUACAAAUUCCGGAGCAGUGUCAGCUUUGUGGUGGGAGGGGAUUAAUGGUGCAUUUGGUAUUAUUCCAACAAUAUCACACUUGUAGUUAAUGUGGAGCUGUGGUCACUUAUGAAGGUUUAUGUGUUAUACAAUAGUGUGACAUAAAGGGAGACAACUACUACAUAUUACUUUAAGAUUUUUAUCAAUGUGACAAUACUUCUGUUGUUAUUUUAUGAUUCUCAAGGUACAAUGAGAACUUUUAAACUGGCAAUUGACAAUUCUAUUUUAUCCAUGACAACUGACUAAUGAGGUUUAGAAUACAUUUGUAUGUUGAUGUGGAGCAGUAUGUAGAAGAUUUUAACAGAAACAACAUUUAUAUCUUCCUGAGGUAAGGAAGUUCACUAUAAAACUCCAGUUACCCCUUGCCAGACAAGGCUUUAACUUGGUCAUAGGGCCAACAGUGUCUGUUUAGAUGUCCAUCUGUUAUCCCUCCUACUGGAGAAUAUCAUUCUGUCUCUGAUAUCACACAUUUUAGUUUAUAAAAAUGGCGACACUCAGUCAAGAUGAUCUGAUCAAAUUUAUAAUCAAUGAAACAUUUCACAUUCCAUGACACACAGUCAUGCAGUUUACCGGUAUGUGGAUUGCAGCACAACAUUUGAGCACUUAGAAUCAGGAUUAAAAUCAUCAGUAAAAGUGAGUGAGUUUAAUUUUACGCCGCUUUAUCAAUAUUCCAGCAAUAUCACGGCGGUAUACACCAGAAAUGGGCUUCACAUAUUGUACCCAUGUGGGGAAUCGAACCCGGGUCAUCAACGUGACAAGUAAAUACUUUAACCAGUAGGCUACCCCACUGCCCCUUUAAAAAAUUAAAUGCUUUGGAAAAUAUAUGUUGAUGGCCAGUUGGUGUGCACAUAUAUUGCUGUAACAGCUGAAAUCUGCAUGACAAUUGCCAUGUUGUUUACAAACAUGUCAAUUUCAUCAUGCAAUUUUGAUUGGACAAUAUGUACACUUGUUUUUCCAUCCAAUAUGGGACUCAGAAAUUCAAGCACAGUUUGGCAAGUUUGGACUUCACAGUCAGUGAACCCCCUUGCCUUUGGAAGAUACAUAAUGUUGAGUAAGAGUAACUUUAAUGUUUGUAAGUUUCAAUUUUACCCAUUUACAAUUUUAAAUAGGUCACUUUUUAACACAGAAGGUUAGGAAUAUUAUUUUCUUGGUGUUGUAUUAUGCCAUCUCAAAGCCAUAUAUACCUGUAUCAUGUGGUGGAUUAGUUGUACAAUCAAUUCCACACCAGUUGUUGUUGACAUGAUAUAUACACUGUAUUUGUUUGUGUAUCCUGUGCACCGUUCAUUGUCAAAUACAAGUUUUUGGUAAUACUGCCAUGUUAUAUAUAUAAUGUCCGGUCACCAUCUAAUUUCAGGGUAACAUACAGGAUAUAGCAAACUUGAUCAAUGAAAUCUGAUAGUUGAGAUAAAACAUUCUGAGACAAGAUUAUGUUCUUCAAAGUUUGAUCUCACUGCAGAUAUUUUCUGUACUUAUGAAUUUGAUUCAGUGGAAAUCAGAAGUUUGCGAUAAAGAGUUAUCAGACAAGACUAUUUUGUGUACGUUUGGAUCUAUGCUAGUGUUUUAAGUAUAUGUGAAUUUGAAAUAAGAUUAUUUUCUGAAGUAAUUAAUAUCCUUUGGUUAGUCAAUUACAUGAAAAUCAGAUCUUUGUUUUCUCUACUGCUAAGCAAAGUGGUGGCAAGAACAAAGAUCACAUUUUAAUGGGAUUGAUGCAAAAUAUGAUUUUGAGUUUCCAUGUUCGUUAGGUUUAUCUUUUAUUCUAUUAUAUAAAUUUUUGGGUAAGGGGGUUCUACAUUUUCCUUGUUUUUGUCACAAAAAGGAUGUAUGUAAUAAUUGUAUGUGUACAUGUUUUUGAACAAAAUAUACAUGUUUAAGCCAUACAUAUCACUCCACACUGAUUCUCUGAGGAGAAGUACAAGGUAUAUGUCAUAAUGCUCAAUGUGGAUUGUUAUUAUUCUAUUUUUCUAUUUAAUGGAGGAUUAAGAAGUCUCACAUUGUUUGGUUGAUUUCAAACUAAAGUAGGAUGUAUUUUUGAGAUCUCAAUAUGAAAUACAUGUAUAUUUAACCAUUGAAUUCCCGGUGAUUAGUGGAAAAACAACGAAUCUUAACAUGUACUUCAGCAAUGUUGCAGCCAGUUGUGACUUACUGAUGUACUGUGUGAUAAGCUACUGCUUGCGUCUCAGUUACAUGAUGUAUUCAACACUAAUGAUAUGAUAUACAUGGAAGAUAUAUGUUAUUUGCUGAUUUUGCACAACUGAGGCAAAUGAAGUGUCCAUUUGAUCAGUACAGGUUGGGAGGGAAUUCUUUUAGAACAAUCUCUUGUUUCCCAGCUGUAUCCAACAAAUCAUGUAUUGACUGAGCACCAAACUAUCUAUUCAUUUUCACUAUUAACACAUAGAAAUGUGACAUUUGAAUUAAAUUUCCACAAAACAAUAUAUUCAUAUUUUUUUUCAAAAUAGCCAAGGAAGUAUUAAUUUAGGGAAUAUUUCUGAAUAAAUUUCAUUUAAAACGUUUUCCUCCUUCCUGUAAAGACAUACAAUGGUUGGAUGAUAUUGGCAUUGUGGGUAGGAUGACAGGCUGUCAACAAAGACAAUAAAAAGAAUCUCACCUCUUAAGGCCAGAAUAGGUUGCUGAGGACCUAUUCUAACCCCACAUUUGGUUUAAACAUAUUUUUAUUCAUGAAAAUGAAUUGGGAUUGGUGAACAAGCUUUUUACAUUUACUUUUUCUCCUGGGGAUAAUGUACCGUGCAUCAUUGGUGUCAGUUCAACAGUGACUUCAAAAAGCUUUGUUGUUACAAAUAUAUUUAUAAUCUGUAUGAUCUUUUCAUGAAUAUUGACCAAUAUAUAUCUUGUAGAGUGUACAAGAAUUUGGCUUGAGUAUGCAUAUGUUUGACAGGGUAGUGACAUAUAUGAACCUGUGAACUAAUCAAGCCUAUCAUGUUUAUUCUCUUUCGUUUGCUUUAGUUAUUUUACAUAUGAAGUUGACAGAAAAAUAUGAAGGUGAGAAUUAAAUAUAAAGCUGACAAUUUUUUAAAGGUUGACUGUUUCUGAGUAGAUGUUAUCUCGGGAUCCUGUCAACAAGACACUUUACAGCUUUAUGAAUUCCCCAUCAAUACUGUCUACAGACUGAUGACUUCUGGGGCUACUUUACAAGCAGACAAAGCCUAUCAAAACAGUUGUUCUCUACAAAUUCUGGGGUACAUAUUUGAAUCUGUAUACAAACAUUUACAUUUACUAGCAACACCACUGUUUCCUUGCUUUAAGCAAGGAUGGAAAACAGCACCUAAGAAUUGGACUUUCUGUUAAUAUUUUUAUUAUUAUUAUGAUUUCUAUUUAGCAAAGAUUUGUUUCUUUUUUGUUCAUUAAUUGUGGGUUCAUUUGGAAAUGGAUUUUAUUCUGACCAUCUACAUAUUAUUUUGAGCCAUGAAUAGUUUGAACCAACUUAUAAGAAAUGAAAAGCUUUAGAUUUCAUGUAUCGGAUCUCAUUAAAUGUUAUGUUUUACUCUAAUGAUUUGAUACCUGUUUCCAGAGAAAGAAACCGAGUGACAUUUUUAGAGAGAGAAAUGAAGUGACAUAUUUUACUCUGAUUUGAAACCUCCCUGCAGAAGGCGGUAUGGAAAGAGAUCUUAUGCUGUUUGUGUAUCUUACACAGCCAAACAUUUAUGAACUGUUUUGCUCUUCAUCAUUGACACAGAACCAAUCUAUGUGAUAUUGAUGAUUUAUUUCUUUUAAGCUGGUGUUUACUUGAUGCUUUAUCUAUGGGAACACAUAUUUUUCUGUCCAUUUAGACAAUAUCAUGUUUGGUGAUUAUGGAAAUAAAGAAUAGCAAACUGC